CUGAGUGUGGCGAGGCCCCGCCUUUCCGGGCCGGGCUUUGGCCGCCGGGCCGCCCCUCCCGGGCGGGCGCUCCUUCCCUGACGGCGCUGGAGGGCCUGGCGGCGGCGGCCCUUGACACCCAUGGCGCUGCCCGCCUGGCUGCAGCCCAGGUAUAGAAAGAACACCUAUCUUUUCAUCUACUACCUAAUCCAGUUCUGUGGCCACUCAUGGAUAUUUACCAAUAUGACAGUCCGAUUCUUUUCAUUUGGAGAAGUAACCUUGCUUCCUGUUGCAGAAACCAAGCCUUUUUGGAGAAGGGGGCAGAUUCCAUGGUUGACACUUUUUAUGCUAUCGGUCUUGUGAUGCGCGUUUGCCAAUCCAUUUCCCUCUUGGAGUUGCUGCACAUAUGUGUCGGCAUUGAACCAAACCAUCUCCUUCCUAGGUUUCUGCAGCUCACAGAGAGAAUAAUCAUCCUCUUUGUGGUGAUCACCAGUCAAGAGGAAGUCCAAGAGAAGUACGUGGUGUGUGUUUUAUUCAUCUUUUGGAAUCUAUUGGAUAUGGUUAGGUACACUUACAGCAUGUUGUCAGUCAUAGGAAUAUCCUAUGCUGUCUUGACCUGGCUCAGUCAAACGCUGUGGAUGCCGAUUUAUCCUUUGUGUGUUCUCGCUGAAGCAUUUGCCAUCUAUCAGUCGCUGCCUUAUUUCGAAUCAUCUGGCACAUACUGCACGAAGCUGCCUUUCGACUUAGCCAUCUAUUUCCCGUACGUGCUGAAAAUGUAUCUCAUGAUGCUCUUUAUAGGUAUGUAUUUUACCUACAGUCACCUUUACUCAGAAAGAAGAGACGUCCUCCAAGGCUUUCCCGUUAAAAAGAAGAAAGUGUGAAGCACGGCGCUCUGAUGUGACAAGAGAAAAACCAGGCUUGUGGAUUCGCUGCAGUAAACGGCACCUUGGCGGAAAAACACCUGGUACUUGACAAAAAACCCACGACGGGAUUGCUCUCCUCAAACUUGAGACGUAUCACGGCACUCUCUUAUCCUCGCAUGUUUUCAAAACACGUAUUCUGUGCAAGCUACUUCACCAAAGCUGUGGGUUUUAUACAAGUUAAAUUUACGUCGUGGGAAGCCUGAUUAUUUUCCUGUAAGGUUAAUGAGACAUAGGAGAGGGACUGGGAUAGACUUCGUUGAAUUGAGAAACCAAAGGUGUUAGCCGGAAUUGUAUCUGUUUACGUCUCUCUCCAUUUCUUUUCACUUCGGAGUUCCCAAAUAGCAAGUCUGCAGGAGGGCAACGAUGUGAAAUAUGUUUUGCAGUUGUCUAGGAAAACACUGUACAGACAGAUGCCCCGCCAUCGCCACGGUUCACACCAUUUUACACAUUAGACACGCUUAGGAAAUGACACGUGUUCCAAACCCUGGAAGAAUGUUCACUAAUAUUACACAAGGUACUUGGACUUCGAUCCUUAAAAGAGGACCCUGAUGAAACAGAAUAGAUCUUUGAUAAAUAUACAAAUAAUGCCCCAUAUUUCUUUCCUGAAAAAAAAAAAUGAGGCCAUAGCCAUACCUUAUAGGGACAUAAAAGGUACAAAACUAUAAUAAUUUUGAAGGAAACAAGGCAACUAAGAACUAGUGAUGUUUCAGAUUACUGAAUUAUUAUUGCUAAUUACUAUGUCAUCACUUAGAGUUUUGAAAACUUUUCUUUUGAAGAUCUAAAAUAUUUGUGAAUAAUUGACUAAUAGCAUCAUCUCUGUAACACUGGUAUAUCAUUCACUUUUCUUGAGAGAAUUCUAGAAUCUUCUGAUCCAGUAACCAUAGAAAAAGGGAACUAAACAUUUUGUGACAUAAAAACCAGGUAGUAAAAACGUAGUUACAAAAAAAUUGGUCAUCUCAUUUCCACUAAAUAAAACGUUUAAAAAGUUGAGCGUCAAUAAAGAUAAUUGCUAUCUUUACAAAUUUAGUGUCCUAUUUGGAAUCUCAAAAUAAGUAUAAAAAUGAUCCUUUUAAAAAUCUAGAUUUUGUUUCUAAUGUUGCUUAUUUUAAAAAAUUUACUGAAAGCUCUAGCGUAGGAAGAGAACAGAAUUUCUCUGCAAACUUUGGGUGAUUCAGUCUAGCUUCCUCUCAAUUAAGAUCACUGAAAUACUAUUUACAUCUAGAAUCACUGAAGAACAGAGUUGUAACAAUUAGAGAAACUACAUUUUGUUAUUAAAUACUACUUUAAUUUCUAAACCAAAUGACCUUAAGAACCUGCGUACUUCUUAAAAUAGAAGACUGAAAACAAACACAAGGAAAUUUAGAAUUAUGGGUUGACAAUUUCAGGUCUGCAAUAGUUGAAACCAAAAUCCAAGACUCCUUUGGUGUCCCAGUCACAGUUGUUCUUGUGGUUGGUUGCCUGUAUCCAUAAUUGAGAGAAAUAUUAAAUUUCGUUAGAGAUUAGUAAAAAUAAGAAUGUAAUUUUUCCUUUGCCACGUUAAGAAACCCAGCCAGUAAACAUCUACCUAGUUAAUUGGAUAUGACCCAGAAUGCAAAGUUGAUUUCUUUGGCUAUUUUAACUGUGUGUCCAUCAAAUCUCUAUUUCAUUUUGUUCAGUGUUGUCAAAUGCUCAGUUUCCCAAAUCUAAUACAUAUAGAUGAAAUAGGGAACUAUUAGAUAUUUUAAAAGCAUAACACAUAACUUUUAAGAUGACCUUUCUUUGGAGUUUUCAAUGCCAAGUUCCAGUGCCUCAAGUUCCAAGUAACCCCAGCUAAGGUGUAGUAAAGUAAUCAACAGCACCGGGACCUCCGGAGGGGGUGGGGGAUAAAACUGCUCUGAACGAAAACGCUGCAGAGCUUUCUUCAUCACUGAGCAGAAGUCGGCCUGAAAAACAUCAGUACACACUGUCAUAUCAUCAAAGUCCCUGGGCCUUUCCUUUAUCAAAGUAGUGCAUGAAAAGCGGUAACACUUCUUCCAAACAUAUCCAUUCAGUAUUAAUGCAUUUUCUUUUCUUCACUUUUCAACACUCUUACCCUUGUCUGACGUUUUUCUUCAAUAAACAGAUUGUUAGUAAAA